AUGCUGUCAAAGUCGAUAACAGGAGAGAAAGAGGAAAUGAUGAAUAAUGUCGUCCAUCCGCGAGUUGUGGAUUCCGCAGUCACUGACUUUAGAAACAAAGCUCCCCAGAAGGAAAGACAAACGGAAAUUAAAAAUGACUCAGAUCUUUCAAAAGGUCUGUCAAAUUCAGCAAAUAUUCUUCCAACUUCACAUGUCUUGCUGCCACUGAAUCUCUCCUCGGAUGUCAAUGAAAGCGCAACGAAAUGGAACCCCCCAAAAGAAAAACCAGAAUCAGUUGCCACGGAUUUCAAAUAUGGUGAGAUAGAAGAUUUAAAAAUGGAUGCCACUGCUGAUACCGCAACUGAAGUUCUAAAAAAUUCUCAAGAGGAUGACGGGACUCCGAGGUUGGAUAUUGUCACCAACUAUACGCUGGACGGUAUUGCUACACAGACUGAAAUUGUCGAUGAUCAAAAGUCCUCAGUCAUAAGCACUAACAAAGGACGUUCAUCUUUAUGCCGGGCCAACGAAGUCGGCGAAACUGCAGUAAAUCUUGUGGCUGACACAAAUGUGGAAAAUGAAACAGCCUGGGCGAAAUCGGGGUUUUCUUCUCCGAACGAUUGGAACUCUACUCCAACUACAAUCGAGACUGAAAAACUAUUCAUCAUAUCGCAACAAGUCGAAUUCACUGUCAAGAGCGUCAGUACCCUUUCUGAUGAUGUAAAAGAGGACGUAAACAGACCCGGCUCAUGUUCUAACGAAUCGGGUCUCCUGUUAGAAAAAGGUUUUAUAAUCCCAACAGAGCUCCAAGCUCAAGCAACGAUAUCACAAAGAAGUCCGGAUCACCCAAAGGAUAACCAUUUUCAUGAUCAUUUUGGUUUUUUGCUGGAUGCCGCUCUACACCAUUCGAUUUUUACAAGUCAGUUAUUUGCUUAA